AUCACGAGUACCCAUCCGUCCGUGCAUGAACUAAAUGAAAAUGGCCGCUUGAAAAUUCUUCUCGAAAUGUGUGUUACGAUAAUGUGUCACUUUACAAUGGAAUCCUUUGGAAUUAUUGAAGAAUCAGAGCAAAGUAUUGUGCCCGUAACGAUAAGAUUUGAUAAAAACUCUUUGUUCGAAGACAGUAAGUGUGUUACAGAGAAGACUCAACCUUCGUAUUCCGAGCAAGAUUGUCUACGUGAUUGCUGUUGUCACCGUUGUGGAGGCUAUCUCUGUUUGCAGCAAAGGAGAUUUACAAGAACUAAGGGAAGCUGUAAAGGAGUAGCAACAUUUUGAAUAAAGUAUGCAAUUAAAUUUGAAGUAUGCUACAUCUGAAAAUUUGGAUUUCUUUUCCAAGUUUCCCAUUUCCAAUCCAAUGGUACCUGCAGCUUCUAUAUUAGACGUCUAUUCCAUACAGCAUCUGCCUUUGAAAUCAAAAAUGGAAAAAAUGUAUUCUAUGAAUAAUACAUUGAAUAUGAAGAAUAAUAUGUCGGGCCCAAAGAAAGAGAACAUGUUCCAUAGUGUGUUCAAUACGGUUAACCAAAUCUGGGAGCGAUUUUCCAAAGUACCUGCUUCCUUUAUGACAGGCAUUAAUCAUUCGUUAUCCGUGACAGUUGUACACAAUGACGGUAUAAUACAGCACGAAUUUUUUAAAGAUUUGACAACUAAAAGGGAUACAUCGAACUCUGAUAAUGUGUACAUACAAGGUGCCCAAAGAAAAGAAUCUUUAAAUGUUGUUGAAUAUAUCCAUAGUGAUAUAUUCAACGAAAAGAAACCUUACACAGGUAGAAUUUCUAAUGAAAAUAUAAAGGAGAAUUUAAAUUACAGUUACAAGUGCACUGAUAUAAAAAGUAAUUAUAUAGAAAUACCUGAUAAGAAGGAAUCACUUAUCAAGGAAAAUGGUAAAUGUAAUUUGAUCGAUUAUGACUACCUAAUACCAAUAGAAGGGUCAAAUGAAAUGUUGGUAGAUGCUUGUUUGUAUAAAAAUACACGCAAACUGCUUGUCGCAAACGAUAUCGACAACUGUGAAAAUACUUGUAACGAAAGUACAUCCGAAAAGAACCAAGUUUCUACUUACAUUGACAAUAGCACAAUUGAUCAAACAGUUACGAACAAGGAAUUCUCUCUCUCGACACUCGAUUCGAAUCUAGAAAGCGUACAGGAGAAUAAACAAACUACGGUAUCGAAUAUGUUGACAAAUAUGUGGCAGAAAGUUUGCAACAGCGUGUCAGAUCGAUUCUAUAGGACAGAUCUGAUCGAAUCGGAUAAUUCGAUGAAACAAUCGCUCUCACCGAAACAACGAAGGAAGCUUAAUACGAUAGCGAUGGGCAGAGGUCGAGGCAGAGCGCGAUCGCAAUUGAGGCGGUCAGGAGUAAGUCAAACCAGACAUAGGAAAGAGCGUAGUAAGCACGAUUUAGAAAUAGAUAUAGAAAGCGAUUUCAAAAGCUGGCAAGACUUUGAGGUGUAUUGUACAGUAGAAAGCAAAGAAUCAGAAGACUGUUUUAGAUUAGAUAAAGACACGAUGGAUGCUGUAGGAAUCAAUAGUCAUAAAACGUAUACAUUCGCCGAUGUAAAACCUAAAAUUCAGAAGUCAAAGACGCGCAAGAUCAGCGAUCAAGGAAUAUGUAAAUUAUCUGGGAGAAUGAGACGGAUACCCGAAUAUACGGAAGAGACAAAGCCGUUUCAUACAGAUUGCAUUGAUAAUAGAUACAAUUCUCAGAAAAAUUCAUUUCGACCGCGUCUAAUGUCGGAAAGUUCCAUUGACUCAGAAGACAGUUAUUGUAUAGUGUUUGAAACUGGAUCUGAAGUAAAUUAUAGAAGCGAUCUCGAAGAUAGCGACGAAAGCGAUAUGGACCAAACUAGCGAAGACGAAGAUAUGUGUAAAGAUGAAGACUCCAGUUCUAGUACAUCCAUGGUUCCAGUACAAAAAGUAACAUUUAAUUUAAAACCAGUUGUUCACACAAUGAUACAGUGGAACUAUGCCUAUCGCGCUGCUCGAAGAGGUCCAUGGGAACAAAUGGCCCGAGAUAGGGAACGGUUCAAAGACCGUAUACAUUGCAUAGAACGUGUUUUAAAUCCAAUUUUAUCUGUCCAACACAGAACUCACAUUUGGCAAGAACGAUUCGCAUCUACCGAAUAAAAAUUGGAUUCAUCAUUUUUGUAAGGUAAUUUUGCUAUCGAGAGUUUAUGUUGCGCAACAUGGCCGAAGAGAUGGUAUAGCGUGGUAAAAGAGAAUAUGUGUAUAAUGUGUCUUCAAGAAUGGCAAAAUAGGCUGUGAAUAAAUAGUGUAGAACACCUGUUUUAAAAUACAUUUUUCAUUACAGUAACAGAGGUAAAUUUUGUAUUAUUUGUGUUAUUAUAUUAUCUGCUACACACUAAAUAUUUGUCUUUGUUACAAAUUUAUAAAUGGUAUAGGCUUUAGGUUUCUUGCCAGUGGCUAGUCUAUUAUAUGUAGGCAUACCGAAAAAUACUAAUUUUAUCCACUGAAUCACGUGAAUCACGUUAGGCGAUAAAUGUAAUUAUAAAGUAAAGUAUUUUUUACAAUCAUUCGUAAUCGAUUCGAUGAUAUUAUUAAGAUUUUAUUGAAUUCGUAAUGUAUCACCUAGCGUGAUUCAAAUAGUAUGUAUCAUUGUAGAUAUUACAUAUUUAAAAAUGAAUAAUUAUAAAAAUAUCAGGUUCGCGCACAAGAAAAUCAUUUUCUAUCGACAGUUUUCGACAUUAUUUUUCUUUGGGGGAGUUGUAAUAUUCUUGUAGUGUAAGGAAAUGGAUAUAUAUGUGCAAAUAAUUUAUACAUAUAUGUAGAUUUCUAAUUAAAUUAUCUCAUUUUAAUUAAGAUAUGAAACAGACAUGAUAGUAAAAAAACUUUCUUUUAAUAUUAAUUUUGUAUAUAAGCUAACAGGUUACACACCUCGUUAUAAUGUAAACUUAUUAUGUUCAAUAUGUAGUUAAAACAUAUUAAUAAUUUAUCACUAGAACUACCGAUGGUCAACGCAUUCUUAUCAUGAAUACCACUACGCCUUUGAAAUUAGAGAAGGGAGGAGCAGAUCAAUUUAUUAAUAUAAUUAGUUCGUUAGUUUAAUAAUUGUUGAUAAGUGUCUAACUUAAAAAAAAUUGGUAGUUCUGGUGUUACAUAUGUACAUACGAUAAUUAAUGAUAUAUAUAUGUAACAUUGUAUGAUAAACAUCUAUUGAAUUGUAUUAAUUUACCUUCUGGAAUUAUUUAAUCGUUUCCCUAUACGUAGCGUAGAUAUAUUUUAAUUUAUAAUGUACAAAAAAACGUAGGAAAUGAAUCUUUAUUAAUAGUUGCAUCCGUUUAAUUUUCAUUAAGGGUUAUUGUAAAGAUUAUGGUAACAAUAUUACAUAUGUAUUUAAGAUAUAAAAUAAACGCAUUCGCCUGUUUUGUAACAAUCUACAAAACGUCUGAAUAAAUU